UAUUUAAUACAAGUGUCAGAUGUUACUGACACUUGUAAAGUUUAAGUUUUAAUUUCAAUCUUAAAUGGGAGAUAAGAAAAAGAAGAAAGAUGAGGAUGAGGAAGAUGCGCGAUUAGAGUACCUCUUUAACUACUUCGCCAAGUCCUAUAAACUUAAGCAGGAGAAAUGGUUGAAACUGAUUUUCACUGAUGAAUACUCCAAACCGCUAAUGAACUUCCUGAACAAGGCCAACGAGAUGAAGAUGUACAUUACCCUUAACCAAGCCGGGGUAUUUUGCUGCUUCAAGGAAUAUAACUUGCAAAUCAAAACAAAAUACACCUUCUUUCAAAAGAAAUACCCGGAUGUCGUCACAAUGGACAAUAUAAAAGAUAUUAUUAUCAUGGGAGACAUGGCUGGCAAACCAAUAGAAGAGCUGUCUGUCCUCUUGAAUGGGAUUUGCCUACCUGUAUUGUCCAAUCCGGCGAAUCACAGAGGAUGGCCGCAGGUGGUAGCGGAAGAUGUGAUUCAGCAUUUAAGAACCUUUAAAAAUGUGGUGGAUCAGGUUCGAGGUGCUAUGAAAAGUCAAACUGUUCUACCGUUGCCACAGGGCUUUUCAAGCGUCCACUUAGCAGUCAGUGAUUUUAUAGAUUCCGGUGGGGAAAACUGUGAUUUGACACUUAAAUCUAACAUUGAGAAUUCUGUGAUCAAGUGGGCAACUAUCUGCCGUGAAGUCCUGAAACAGUCUUCGAAAGCAGCCUUUGCUGGAGGUGCUCAUCCAACGCCUACAAAAGAAGUUGAGUUCUGGUUCAAUCGUCUGAAGAAUCUAGAGUACAUAUAUGAUCAACUGAGAGACCCAAGAGUGAAAAAAAUGGGAGAAUAUUUAGAACUGACCAACAGUACUUAUUCUAAAACAUUCAAAACAUUGUUCAAAAAUAUAGUAGCUGGCGUCGUUGAAUCUAGAGACAUAGAUAUUUAUUUAAAAGCCUUGGUUCCUCAUAUACAACGUUUCGACGAUUCAGAGUUUUUAGACAACGAGAAUUACAUCAAACCUCUCAUACAUUGUAUAGGACUUAUUUGGGCAAAUUCGAGAUAUUAUGCGUUCAGUGAAAAGAUCGUUGUCCUCUUGAAAGAAAUAACGAAUAUGUUAAUUGAAGCCGUCAUUCGACAGCUCGAUCCCUCAUCUAUUUUCCAAGGUGAAGCAGAAGAAAUUUUUAUCAAGGUAGAUAAAAGCAUACAACUACUGGACUUGUUCAUGGAGUCUUUCGAAUACGUACGAAAAAAUUUGCAAAAGUAUUACACAAACCCAGAAAUAGAGUAUCAACCUUGGACAUUCCAUCGUAGAACUGUUUUUCAACGACUUUUGGAGUUUACAGAGCGUUUAUGUCUAGUUAGAACUAUACUUAGUACCAACAUGGAGUUUACCAAACUAGAGAAAGUAGAGUUUGGUGGGUUGAAAGGAAGAAUAUUGUCCACAAAAUGCGAAGACGCAUUUGAAGACUUCAACAGAAUUUAUACUGUCUUCAGCAAUGUUCAAUACGAUGUUUUAGAUAUAGAGGACACACAAAUAUAUAAAGAUUACGAGCUUUUCAAGGAAAAGUGUGAUGAUUUGGAUAUGAGGUUGGUUGCUAUCUUCGGACAAGCCUUCAAUGACUGCUACAGUCUAGAAGCUAUAUUCAAAUUGAGAAAUAUCAUAGGAAAUCUUACUGAUCGUCCUCUCAUAAAAGAAGAAGUUGACUCAAUAUUCCCAAAAAUUAUGGGCCUUCUUAGUAAUGAAGUCGAAACAGCUAAAAUAAUUUACGAUGACUGUAUGGCACAUGGGAUUCCUAUAAGUAACUAUAAUCCUCCAACUGCGGGCAGUAUAUUAUGGCUGAGACGACUCAGAGAAAGAAUUAAGAGACCUUAUGAAGAUUUCAAGAACGUAGAACAUCCUAUAUUACAAAGUUCCGAAGUUAUACAGCUUUUUAAAAUCAUAGAACAGAUGCUCAGAAUCAUUGAUGCUAAAGAACAAAGUAUAUUGAAUACUUGGGUAGCUAGUUUGCCAGAUAUCAUCAACACGCACAUGUCCAAAUUUCAACUGUGCAGGGACGAUAUAAAAGGAGAUCUUACUGUUAACUUUAGUGAUGAGUUGUUGGCGGUACUUAAGGAAAUGAGAUACCUAAAAACGAUUGAAGAUUUAAUUUUACCUGAAGAAGCAAUUGAACUCUACUCGAAGGUUGAGCUUCUCUACAAAUCAUGGAUUAGGUUCAAACGGAUUGUGGAAUACUACAACCACUUGAAAAAUGAUACCACCAUGGUGGAAUACAGUAUCAUUUGUGAUGAGAUGGCAACAAUUGACAAACUCUUAGAACCCGCGAUAACCCAGUGUAUUUGGUUUGACAAUGAUGUUGAAAUUGUUCAGAAUAUGUACCUCGCAAUCAAGGCACUAUACGACAGAGUUUCCGAAGCACAACAAAAUAUCACCCUACUGAAGCAGGCUAUGAGGAAAUGGGCUAAAGUUCCACUCUACGAGAGAAAAGAAGGAAGGAAGGAGCUCCUUCUUUUCACUGAAGACAGAGUUGAACGUAUCCGCAUACGUUUCGAUACCAUCAAACACGAUUCUGAUGAGUUGAAAACUAUUUUAGAGAAGAACUAUCUAUUAUACUUCGAUGUGCCGAUCGUUCAACCACCGGAACCUGCAACUGAAGAAACCGAAGAAGUUCCCCCACCUCCUCCGCCCUCAGACGCGCCCAAAGGUAAAAAAGGAAAAGGCAAAGGCAAAGGCAAGAAAGGUAAAAAAGGAAAAAAAGAACCACCACCUGUGGAGGAAACAGAAGGAGAAACAGAACCUGAAACUGAAACUACAAAGGAUCCUGUAGACUUAUCUUUCAAAUGGGAGCCUUAUAUAAAAUAUGUCGACAACAUCGUGAGAGAUAUAUUAUUAUAUGCUGUAAAAAUUAGUCAAGCUUUAUUUUUGGAUGAAAUGGGUGAUACAGCUGAUGUAACUCCAUUUUUGGAGGUUGUAGUCGAAUUACAUCCUCCGAACAUAGCAUUCGAACCUCCUUUAGAAUACAGACCAGGACUUCAGUCUAAUAUUGAAACGUUACUAGAUGACAUGUAUAACAUGGGAAAUUUCAUGGACAGGGCAGAUCCUUCGGAACACUCGAACUAUUACCCUGACCUGAUUAAUGAUAAUAUGUGCCAAGAUAACUACAGAGAAAUAAUCUCUCGAAUAAAACUGGCCACUAAUAAAGCCUUAGAUUAUAUUAAGGUCUAUGAUGAUUAUGAGCAUUUGUGGACGGAAGAUAGGCAGGAGUUUCUCAGAGAAUUCCUUCUAUAUUCUCGGGAACUUAGUGAAGAGGAGCGAGAUUUACUGAAAGAUGAAAACGCUGUUCAUCCUACACCGAAGGAGCCCACUGUUGAUGAGUUUAAGCAGCAGAUUGACUACUAUGAUGAACUAUAUAAAAAGAUUGAGGCUACACCAACCGAAAAACUUCUUCAAGGAGGAUGGCUGAAAUUAGACUUGCGACCACUCAGACAAGGUAUCCUCAAUAAUAUUCGUAAAUGGGGAAAUCUAUUCAAAGACCAUCUGUUCAACCACGUGAUUCAAAGCUUGGAUGAGUUAGAAUGUUUUUGUCAAGAAGCUAUUGCAGCAAUGUCUAUUACUAUCACUGAAGAAGAUUACUCAGGACUCUUAACUAUCAUGGGCUAUCUUUUCAAAGUAAAAGAAAGGAUGUUGGCAACAGAUGCUAUGUUUGGUCCACUUAAAGAUAUAAUGGAAUUGCUUCAAACAUAUGGAGUAGAAUUCUCUGAAGAAGUAUAUGUGAAACUCCAAGAGAUCCCAGACAAAUGGAAUCAAUGUAAAAAGAUUUCUGCUACAACUAAGCAGAAUGUUGCUCCCAUACAAGCGAUACAAGUUGCUUCAAUAAAACGUAGAAUACAAUUAUACGAAAUAGAACAAGUUUUAUAUAAGAAUGCAUUCAAAGCUGUGCCUUUCUUCAGUUACAACUGCAAGAACGUAUAUAAAAUUUUGGAUAAAAUUAAUAGCGAAAUAGAGGAGUUCGAAAAAGAUCUCGCGAAUUUACAGCAGCAAGCUGAGCUAUUCGAGAUUCAAAUUCCAGAAUUCAAACUAUCGAAACAGUUAAGAAAAGUUGUAAGACAAGUCAAACAAAUAUGGGACUAUGUUUAUAUCGUGAGAUCUUGUAUGAGUGAAUGGAAGAAGACUCCUUGGCAGAAAAUAGAUGUGGAAGCAAUGGAAAUGGAAUGUAAAAGAUUUGGAAAGGAACUCAGGGGUAUGGACAAGGAACUACGAAGCUGGGAUGUCUUCAUACAAACGGAAGCGUCUAUCAAAAAUCUCCUCACUUCUCUUAGAGCAGUCACAGAGCUUCAAAAUCCAGCUAUCCGGGAGAGACAUUGGCAGCAAUUAAUGCAAGCAACUAAGGUGCGUUUCGUCAUGGAUGAAUCCACAACAUUGAAAGAUCUCCUAGACCUUAAUUUGCACAACUAUGAAGACGAAGUAAAGAAUAUAGUUGAUAAAUCAGUGAAAGAAAUGGGCAUGGAAAAAGUCCUGAAGGAACUCGAUGCUACUUGGACAGUAAUGGAAUUCUCUGUAGAAACUCAUGAAAGAACAAGGAUUCAGAUUUUAGCUGUGUCCGAAGAACUGAUAGAAACAUUAGAAGAGAAUCAGGUUGCACUUCAAAAUAUGAUGAGUUCUAGAUAUAUCGACUUCUUUCUUGGUGAAGUAUCAGAAUGGCAAGUUAAACUUUCGAAUGCAGAUCAAGUUAUCAGCGUCUUCUUUGAAGUACAAAGAAAAUGGAUGUAUUUGGAAAGCAUAUUCAUUGGAUCGGAAGAUAUAAGAAAUCAAUUACCUGAAGAUUCGAGAAGAUUUGAUAGAAUCGAUAAGGAUUUCAAGGAGAUUCUGAGAGCUAUGACUCAGAAUUUGAACGUAGUUAAAGCAACGAAUGUACAAGGGCUCUAUGAAAGAUUAGAUGGUCUUUUGGAUCAGCUGACGCUUUGUGAAAAAGCACUCAACGAUUACCUUGAGACUAAACGACUUGCAUUUCCACGAUUUUACUUUGUAUCUUCUGCGGAUCUUCUCGACAUUCUAUCCAAUGGAAAUCAACCAGAAUUAAUUCUACGCCAUUUAACGAAACUUUUUGAUUCCCUCGCUAAGUUGACUUUUAUAGUAGAAGGAGGCAAAGCCACUAAGAGAGCGAAAGAAAUGCAAUCAAAGGAGAAGGAAGCCGUGAAACUGGCCUACAUAUGUGACUGCACAGGUAAAGUAGAAACAUGGUUGAAUAGGGUUAUAGACGUCAUGAGAGUGACGCUCCAUGGAUGUUUCGCUGGAGCAGUUAUGACGUAUGAAGACAAACCAAGGGAGCUUUGGUUAUUUGACUUUCCUGCUCAGCCUGCCUUAUGUGGUACUCAAAUUUGGUGGACGACAGAGGUUAACAUGGCUUUCGCAAGAUUAGAAGAGGGUUACGAAAAUGCUUUAAAAGAUUACCAAAAGAAACAGAUUGCUCAACUAAGUGCCCUUAUCAAUUUGCUAUUAGGAGAUCUAACUCCUGGGGAUCGUCAGAAAAUCAUGACUAUAUGUACUAUCGAUGUACACUCAAGAGAUGUUGUAUUUAAAAUGAUUGCAGCCAAAGUAGAGAAUUCUCAAGCUUUUCAAUGGCAGAGCCAGCUUAGGCACCGUUGGGAUGAAAAAAUCAAAGAUUGUUUUGCCAAUAUAUGUGAUGCUCAAUUCAGAUAUCAAUAUGAAUACCUUGGCAAUACGCCAAGAUUAGUGAUCACACCUUUGACAGAUCGAUGUUAUAUUACCCUAACGCAAAGUCUCCAUCUUAUCAUGGGUGGAGCUCCAGCUGGACCUGCUGGUACGGGUAAAACAGAAACUACCAAAGAUCUUGGAAAGGCGUUAGGUAUGAUGGUGUAUGUGUUCAAUUGUUCAGAACAAAUGGACUACAAAUCUGUGGGUAAUAUCUUCAAAGGACUGGCCCAAACAGGCUGCUGGGGUUGCUUUGAUGAAUUUAAUAGAAUAUCCAUAGAAGUGUUGUCUGUGGUUGCGGUACAGGUGAAGACCAUUCAAGAUGCCAUCAAGGAUAAAAAGAAGAGAUUCAAGUUUCUGGGCGAUGAUAUAUCUCUAACCCCCACAGUUGGUUACUUCAUAACAAUGAAUCCUGGAUAUGCAGGUAGAACUGAACUACCAGAAAAUCUGAAAGCAUUAUUUCGACCUUGCGCAAUGGUAGUUCCCGAUUUCGAAUUGAUUUGUGAAAUCAUGUUAGUAGCUGAGGGUUUUCAAGAAGCCAGGUUAUUAGCUAGAAAGUUCAUCACUCUGUAUACUCUAUGUAGAGAAUUACUCAGUAAACAAGAUCAUUAUGACUGGGGUUUGAGAGCCAUAAAAUCUGUUCUGGUUGUUGCUGGAUCGCUGAAACGAGGUGAUAGACUCCGACCUGAAGAUCAAGUUCUCAUGAGGGCCUUGCGGGAUUUUAACAUACCUAAAAUUAUCACAGACGAUGUACCCGUCUUCAUGGGUUUGAUAGGUGACCUUUUUCCUGCACUUGAUGUACCGAGGAAGAGAAAUCCAGAUUUUGAAAAGUUGGUUAAAGUAUCGGCGGUGGAUAUGAGAUUACAACCAGAAGAUGGUUUCACACUGAAAAUUGUACAGCUUGAAGAACUAUUUGCUGUGAGACAUUCGGUGUUCAUUAUUGGAUUCGCUGGUACAGGAAAAAGCAUGGUUUGGAAGACUUUGAACCGCACCUAUCAUAAUCAAAAGAGGAAACCAUUCUAUAAUGAUCUCAAUCCCAAAGCAGUUACUAAUGAUGAACUGUUCGGUAUAAUUAAUCCAGCCACAAGAGAAUGGAAAGAUGGACUAUUCUCUGUCAUUAUGAGAGAUAUGGCUAAUUUGACUGGUGACGGGCCUAAAUGGAUUGUCCUCGAUGGAGAUAUCGAUCCUAUGUGGAUCGAGUCCCUCAAUACUCUGAUGGAUGAUAAUAAAGUGCUAACAUUGGCAAGUAAUGAAAGAAUUGCGUUAACUGCAUCUAUGAGACUACUUUUUGAAAUAGCUAAUUUGAGAACGGCCACCCCAGCUACAGUUUCAAGAGCAGGUAUUUUGUACAUCAACCCUGCUGAUUUAGGUUGGAACCCCUAUGUUGCUUCUUGGAUCGAUACGAGGCAAGUGCAGAGUGAGAAAGCAAAUCUUACCAUCCUUUUUGACAAAUAUGUUCCAGCCUGUUUAGAAAUGGUUCGCUUGCGACUUAAAAAAAUUACUCCAAUAUCUGAAAUAGCCCACAUUCAGAUGUUAUGUUUUCUCCUGGACUGUUUCCUCACUCCUCAAAACGUACCUCCAGAGUGCCCGAAAGACUGGUACGAGAUCUAUUUCGUAUUUUCGAUAGUUUGGGCGUUUGGCUCUGCUCUAUUCCAAGAUCAGAUGUGUGACUGGAGGAAUGAAUUCAGUAAAUGGUUUACGAAUGAAUUUCGCACAGUGAAAUUUCCGGUUCAAGGAACCGUUUUCAGUUAUUAUAUAGAAAAUGAAACGAAAAAAUUUUUACCAUGGACGGACUUGGUGAUGCAUUUCGAAUUAGAUCCCGAUAUUCCACUUCAAUCGACUUUGGUCAAUACGGCAGAAACCACUCGAAUACGAUUUUUCAUAGAUAAACUAAUGCUUAUGAAAGUUCCAGUGAUGCUCGUGGGUCCGGCAGGAAGUGGAAAAACUGUAAUCAUUAAUUCUAAACUAGAAAGUCUCGACGAGAGUUACGCUGUAACUAAAGUGCCUUUCAAUUUCUACACUACAUCAGAAAUGUUGCAAAAUAUUUUGGAAAAACCUUUAGAGAAAAAAGCUGGCAGAGUUUACGGUCCACCUGGGGGCAAAACAAUGGUUUACUUCGUAGACGAUAUGAAUAUGCCUGAAGUAGAUAAGUAUUUUACAGUCCAACCACAUACUUUAAUAAAACAAUUCAUGGAUUAUCAACAUUGGUACGAUCGUCAGAAAUUGAGUCUAAAAGAUAUACAUAAUGUGCAGUUUCUUUCAUGCAUGAACCCUACAGCUGGAAGUUUUACAAUAGAUCCUAGACUUCAGAGACAUUUUUGUGUGUUUGCAGUUAGUUUUCCAUCUCAAGAAGCAGCUUUUCAUAUCUAUAGCAAUAUCGUUGCUCAACAUUUAAGUUUUCCGAUGAAUAAAUUUCCUCCAAAUUUAUCUAAACAAUCGAGUGUAGUUGUACAAGCAGCUUUAACACUUCAUCAAAGGAUGGGACAAACUUUUCUUCCAACAGCAGUGAAAUUUCAUUAUACUUUCACAUUGAGAGACAUGUCCAAUAUUUGCCAAGGAAUUCUGUUCACUACAGGAGACGCAAUUAAAACUCAGAAUGAUGUCAUCAGGCUUUGGAUGCAUGAAGCAAAUAGGGUUUAUGGUGAUAAAUUGGUGGAAAAAGUGGAUCGAGAUACUUAUACCAAAUUGAUCACUGAAGUUGUUAGAAAAGGUUUCGAAGAAUUGGACGAAUACAUUAUUUUCAACGAGCCUCUUAUCUAUUGUCACUUCGCAGAAGGUAUUGGUGAUCCGAAAUAUUUUCCGAUACAUGAUUUCAAACAACUUAACACUUUACUUAAUGAUGCUUUAGCUAACUAUAACGAUCUUGUAGCUGCUAUGAAUUUAGUUCUGUUUGAAGACGCAAUGUACCACAUUUGUAGAAUAAAUCGUAUCAUGGAAUCUCCUAGGGGAAAUGCGCUACUUGUUGGUGUUGGAGGAUCUGGAAAACAAUCACUCACAAGAUUAGCUGCCUUCAUAUCUUCAUUCGAGGUUUUUCAAAUUCAAUUGAAAAAAGGUUAUUCAAUGAAUGAUAUGAAACUUGAUAUUGCUGCCCUCUACAUGAAAGCUGGAUUGAAAGCAAUCGGAAUCGUUUUUCUAAUGACAGAUGCUCAGGUGCCACAAGAAUCAUUCCUUGUUUUGAUCAAUGAUAUGCUCGCUUCAGGGGAAAUAAGUGAUCUAUUAGCUGAUGAGGAAGUAGAGAAUGUUGUGAAUGCAAUGAGAAGUGAAGUGAAAGGAUUAGGUUUGCAAGACACCAAAGAAAAUUGCUGGAAGUUUUUCAUAGAGAGAGUGAGAAGAUUACUGAAAACUAUUUUAUGUUUUUCUCCUGUCGGUUCCACCCUCAGAAUUAGAGCUAGGAAAUUUCCUGCAUUGGUAAAUUGUACUUCUAUCGAUUGGUUCCAUGAAUGGCCCCAAGAGGCUUUACGAUCUGUAUCAAAAAGAUUUUUGUCCGAGAUAGACGCAUUGCCUAAACCACUUGUGGAUUUAGUGGCUGAUUUCAUGUCAUAUGUUCAUAUAGUAGUGAAUAAUAUGUCCUCAGUUUACUUAACAAAUGAAAAACGAUAUAAUUACACAACCCCAAAAUCAUUUUUAGAACAAAUAUCUCUGUAUCAGAAACUUCUAUCUGAAAAAACUAAAGAUGUCAACGAUAACAUCGAUAGAUUAGAAACUGGUCUAACCAAACUCGCAUCUACAUCAGAGGAGGUAGAUGGCUUGAAAGAAAUACUUGCUGUGAAGGACCAAGAAGUAGCAGUGAAAAAUGAAGCAGCAACAAAACUAAUUGCUAUUUUAGCAGUUGAAAAUGAAAAGGUAGCUGCUGAGCAGGCUAUAGCCAGUGAAGAAGAGGCGAAGGUUAGAGAAAUUGAAGAAGAUGUUAGUGUGAAAGCUAAAAUAUGCGCUGAAGAUUUGGCUAAAGCAGAGCCCGCCCUAUUAGCUGCUAUGGACGCUUUGAAUACUCUGAAUAAGAAUAAUUUGACUGAGUUAAAAUCAUUCACCCAACCACCAGAUGCUGUAGUUAAUGUAUGCGCCGCAGUACUUGUACUGUUCUCUAAAAAAGGAAAAAUUCCCAAAGAAAGAGGUUGGAAAGAAUGUAAAAUGUUGAUGGGAAAAGUGGAUCAGUUCUUAUAUGAUCUCAUAAAUUAUGAUAAAGAGAAUAUGUCGCCUGAAGUAGUGAAAGCUACACAGGAGUACCUUAAGAAUCCAGAAUUUGAUCCAGUUAAAAUAGCGGCAAAAUCAGGAGCUGCAGCUGGCUUGUGUUCAUGGGUCAUCAAUAUCCUAAAAUUUUAUGACGUAUUCGUAGUUGUUGAACCAAAAAGACAGGCAUUAGCUAAAGCAAAUCAGGACCUCAAAGACGCUCAAGCUAAAUUACAAGCCUUGAAUGAAAAAUUGUCACUUUUAGAAAGGCAACUCGGCACACUCAAGGCUGAAUUUGAUGAAGCGACUGAGGCUAAAAUGAAGGUACAAGCUGAAGCUGACGCAUGUGCCCUCAUGAUCGACUUAGCUAAUAGAUUGGUAAAUGGUUUAGCAUCAGAAAAAGUAAGAUGGAAAGAUCUUGUACAAUCAUACCAGCAAUCAAUUAUCACUAUGCCUGGAGACAUUUUAUCUAUCACUUCUUUUAUAUCAUAUGUGGGGUGCUUUACAAGAAAAUAUAGGCUAGAUCUAUUGCACAAAUACUGGACUCCAUAUUUGAAUAACUUGCAACCACCAAUACCAAAAACUGAAGGAUUAGAUCCCUUAUCUUUGUUAACUGAUGAUGCUAUCAUAGCAACUUGGAAUAAUGAAGGGUUGCCCACCGACAGAAUGUCCACAGAAAACGCCUGUAUUUUGACAUUUUCUGCUAGAUGGCCACUAAUGAUAGAUCCUCAACUGCAAGGUAUAAAAUGGAUCAAAACCAAAUAUGCAGAAAGCCUUACCGUUGUUAGACUCAACAUGAGAAAUUAUUUGGAUAUUUUAGAAAAAUGUAUUACGAAUGGUCAUGUAAUACUUUUCGAGAAUAUAGGAGAAACGAUGGAUGCUGUACUUGAGCCUGUUCUUGGAAGAGUUCUUGUUAAAAAAGGUAAAGCUGUAAAAAUAGGAGAUAAGGAAGUUGAUUAUGAUCCUCGUUUCAAGCUCAUAAUACAUACUAAAUUAGCUAAUCCACAUUACAAACCAGAAAUUCAAGCUCAAACUACACUUAUCAAUUUUACAGUAACUAGAGAUGGGUUGGAGGAACAAUUACUGGCUGAGGUAGUCAAAGCUGAGAGACCUGAUUUAGAACAAUUGAAGUCAUCGUUGACAAAACAACAAAAUGAUUUUAAAAUCACUCUGAAAAAGUGUGAAGAUAAUUUAUUGUAUAGGUUAUCUACUGCAACUGGAAACAUACUGGGUGAUGUUGAGUUGGUUGAAAAUCUAGAAACUACCAAAAAAACGGCUACGGAAAUUGAGGUGAAAGUAGAGGAAGCCAAAAUAACCUCCGUGAAGAUUGAUGAGGCGAGGGAACAAUAUCGACCAUGUGCAGCGAGAGCUUCUCUUCUUUAUUUCGUUCUCAAUGACUUAAACAGAAUCAAUGCUAUUUAUCAGUUUUCAUUGAAGGCAUUUAGUGUUGUGUUUAAAGAUGCCUUAUCCAAAGCUAUUCCAGCUGAGGUACUCAAAGAUCGCGUUUUCAACUUAUUGGAUAGUAUCACAUUUUCUGUAUUCAUGUAUACUUCUAGGGGACUUUUCGAAUGCGACAAAUUGAUAUUUAUGUCGCAUAUGACAUUCCAGAUAUUAGCCAGUGUUAAUGAUCUUGUACCCGAAGAGCUGGAUUUUCUCUUGAGAUUUCCCAUUGUUCCUAAUCUACUUUCUCCGGUUGAUUUUCUGAGUAACAUUUCCUGGGGAGGUAUAAGAGCUCUAUCGAAUAUGGAUGAAUUCAAAAAUCUUGACAAAGACCUAGAAGGAUCAGCGAAGAGAUGGAUGAAGUUUGUUGAUAGUGAAUGUCCAGAAAAAGAAAAGUUCCCAGGGGAAUGGAAAAAUAAAAGUUUUCUCCAGAGACUAUGUAUGAUGAGAGCUCUGCGACCAGAUCGAAUGACUUAUGCUGUCAGAACUUUCAUCGAAGAUAAACUUGGUGUUAAAUAUAUUACAGCCCGAUCUGUAGAAUUCGAGAAAUCAUAUGAAGAAACAAGCAGUGCUACUCCUAUCUUCUUCAUAUUAUCUGCAGGUGUCAACCCUUUGAAGGACGUCGAAAAGCUAGGAAAGAGACUGGGUUUUACGUUCAAUGACGGCACCUUUCAUAGCGUUUCCCUUGGGCAAGGUCAAGAAGUUGUUGCCGAAGCUGCGAUCGAUUUAGCCUCAGUUGAAGGUCAAUGGGUAAUCUUGCAGAAUAUACAUCUUGUUGUGAAAUGGUUACCAACCUUGGAAAAGAAAAUGGAACAAUGUGUCGAGAAUGCUCACGAGAAUUUCCGGUUAUAUUUAAGCGCCGAGCCAUCUGGAGACCCCUUAUCCUGCGUUAUCCCUCAAGGAAUUUUAGAAUCUUCGAUAAAAAUUACAAAUGAACCCCCAACAGGAAUGUUCGCUAAUCUGCACAAAGCACUAGACAAUUUCAAUCAAGAGACCCUAGAAAUGAGUUCCAAGGAAGCCGAAUUCAAAGCUAUUCUCUUCGCAUUAUGCUACUUUCAUGCGGUAGUUGCGGAAAGAAGAAAAUUCGGGCCACAGGGUUGGAACCGAAAUUACCCAUUCAAUGUCGGCGAUCUCACAAUAAGCGUGAAUGUUCUAUAUAACUAUCUGGAAAAUAAUCCAAAAGUACCAUACGAAGACCUGAGAUAUCUCUUUGGUGAAAUUAUGUAUGGAGGUCACAUCACAGACGAUUGGGAUAGGCGUCUCUGCAGGAAUUAUCUUGUAGAAUUCCUGAAGCCAGAAAUGAUGGAGGGUGAAAUGCUCUUGGCUCCAGGAUUUUUUAUUCCUCCAAACACAGAUUACAUAGGUUAUCAUAGAUACAUUGAUGACAAUUUACCGCCAGAAAGUCCCUACCUAUACGGGUUGCAUCCAAAUGCUGAAAUAGGUUUUUUGGCAUCCACUUCAGAAAAUUUGUUCAAGACAAUAUUCGAACUACAACCUAGAGAAGCAGGAGCAGGUGCAGGAGCUGGGAUGUCGAGGGAAGAAAAGGUUAAAGGUAGUAUCGAUGACAUAUUAGACAAAGUCCCGGAACCAUUUCCGAUUCAGGAAAUGAUGGCUAAAGUUGAGGAUAGAACUCCGUAUAUAAUCGUCGCUUUUCAAGAGUGUGAGAGAAUGAAUAAUCUAACAGGUGAGAUAAGGCGAUCGCUCAAAGAACUCGAUCUGGGAUUGAAAGGCGAACUGACCAUUACUUCAGAUAUGGAAGUCUUGGAAGAAGCACUGUUCAUGGAUCAGUUGUCAGUAACUUGGUCUGCUAAAGCCUAUCCAAGCAUGCUUCCUCUAGGUCUUUGGGUUGCCGAUCUAAGUUCUCGCAUUAAGGAACUGGAAGGGUGGGUUGGUGAUUUCACAAUGCCAGCUACAGUAUGGUUAGGCGGUUUCUUUAAUCCCCAGUCAUUUUUAACAGCCAUCAUGCAACAAACAGCAAGAAAGAAUGAGUGGCCGCUAGAUAAAAUGUGCCUUCUUACUGAUGUCACAAAGAAGCAAAAAGAGGAAUUCACUUCAGCCCCAAGAGAGGGGGCUUACGUACACGGAUUGUUCAUGGAAGGUGCAAGGUGGGAUACUCAGCUGAAUAGUAUUGCCGAAUCCAAGCUCAAGGAUUUGUUCCCUGUAGUUCCAGUGAUAUUCAUCAAAGCUAUAACACAAGACAAACAGGAUACAAAAAAUAUGUACGAUUGCCCUGUAUACAAAACAAGAAUGAGAGGGCCCACUUUUGUAUGGACCUUUAAUUUGAAAACUAAAGACAGACCUUCGAAGUGGACUUUGGCUGGGGUUGCAAUAUUAUUGCAGAUAUAACUCUUUAUUUAGGUAUGCUCUAUUUUUCUUCAAUAUUUCAAUGUUAUAUCUUACAAAAUAUAUAUAUUAUGUUUUAA